GGAAGCCAAAUUUCCCCAUCUUCUCCUCGUCUAGGGUUCCGUCGAUCUCUCUCUCUCUCCCUUCCUUCUCUCGCGCGCGCACCGACGAUGUCGUCGGAGCCGCCCCCGCCGCAGGAUGCGUCCUCCCUCUCCCCUGCCAAGGAAUCCGCCGCCGGCGGAGGCGGAGGCGGAGCGUCGGGGGCCCCGGAGACGAACACGCUGUGGGUGGGCAACCUGCCCGCGCAGGCGGCGGAGGACGACGUGAUGGCGGUCUUCUCCCCGCACGGCGCGCUCGACUGCGCCCUGGCCCGCGCGGGGCCCCGGAGCUACGCGUUCGUGCUGUUCCGCUCCGUCGCGGAGGCCCGCGCCGCGCUCGACGCGCUCCAGGGCUCCAAGGUCAAGGGCAGCGCCGUCAGGCCCGAGUUCGCCCGGCCGGCUAGAGCUGUUAAGAAUUUAUGGGUUGGUGGCAUUAGCCCAUCAAUUUCAAAGGAUGAAUUGGAGAAGGAGUUCAAUAAGUUUGGAAAGGUCGAUGGUGUUGCAUUCUCCCGUGAUCGGACUUCUGCAUACAUUGAUUUUGAGAAGCUAGAAGAUGCAAUUUCUGCACAUAGAGCUUUGAAUGGAACAGUUUUAGGUGGCCAAGAACUCUGUGUUGAUUUUCAAAGGUCCAGGGGCAGAACGGAAUGGCUGGAGACAGGCAGUUUCAAUGGUAGAGUUGGAUCUGCAAAGGCUUAUUCCGCGGUACGAAAUCGAGAAGCUCAUCCUACCAAUGUUCUUUGGGUCGGUUUUCCUAAUACAGCUAAAAUCAAUGAAGAGGCGCUUCGGCAAGCCAUGGUCGCACAUGGUGUAGUUACAAAUACAAAAGUUUUCCCAACAAGGCAAUAUGCUUUUGUUGAAUUUGCAACCAUUGGGGAAGCUGCUAAUGCUAAGAAAAAUCUAGAUGGUCGUCUUUUCAAUGAUCAGAGAAUUCAAAUUCUUUUCUCUAACAGUGAACUUGCGCCAAAUAAGUUUGAUAACCCAACAGCGGUUUCUGGUCUUCCAAGAUCAGAGAUGUAUUACGAUGAUGGUCAGUUUGGCGCUUCUGAUUAUUUUGAUCCUCGACGGGGAAGAUCGAGAUAUGUUGAUUAUGGUGGUGUUCCUGUUUCUGGUGGUAUUCUUCCAUCACCAGAAUCUGGCCGUCCCCUCUUGACUGCACGAUCUGCUCAGAAUACAUUUGAUCCUAGAGACGCUAAGAGGAUGCGGUUGGAUGCUGCAGCUGACCCUUAUGAUUCAAGGGCAGGCAGUGAGGGUCUUUAUCCUGGUGGGUACUCACAUCGUGAGAGUGUACGUUCUGAGAGGAGCUCAAGUCCUGCUAUUCGAAUCCAGGGCACAGUGCACCGAACAUCAUACCUUGAGCAUUUCUGGCGUGGUAGCAUUGCAAAAGGUGGAUCUCCUGUAUGUCGUGCUCGCUGUUUGCCAAUAAGGAAGGGCAUUGAGAUACCUUUACCAGAUGUUGUUAAUUGUGCUGCUAGAACUGGGCUAGAUAUGCUGGCGAAGCAUUAUGCAGACGCUUCAGGGUUUGAUAUUGUCUUCUUCUUGCCAGAUAGUGAAGAUGACUUUGUUUCUUACACUGAAUUUUUACGCUACCUAGGCUCAAAAAGUCGGGCAGGGGUUGUAAAGGUUGAUGCAGGGACUACUUUCUUUUUGGUCCCACCAUCUGAUUUCUUACGAAAUGUUUUGCAAGUUGAUGGUCCGGAGCGCCUUUAUGGUGUGGUGUUACACACCCCGCAAAUGUCUGCUGCUGCUGCUGCUGUACACAGGCCACAGUUAACUGCACCAGAACCACAACCUUACUAUGAUGAAAGGGAAAGUGGUUUUCCUUCACACAGAAAUUAUAGUACGAAUUCAACUAGCAACCACCACCAUCGUGAUGCUGGUUACCGGGGAUCUUUACGUGAGGAUUCAUUGCAUCAAUUGGGGCAAGUUGCUGCACGACCUCGGGUAGAUGAAGGACAAGUUGUACAGCCAACCCUUGCUGGUUUUCCUAUGAACCAGGCAGCAGGACAGCAAGUACAACCUUCAAUCAACCCUGAUAUUAUGGCUACUUUAGCUAAACUUUUGCCAAGUGGACAGUCAUCAGCUCUAGUGACUGGCCAGGUUCCUCUGAGCUCAAUAGACCGGCCUGCAUUAUCCCUAAUGAAUGAUGCAUCUACUUUUUCAAAAGUAUGGAGACCUGAAAAUCAAGCCAUGGCUUCUACUUCAUCCUUUGAGCAAAUGGGUAAUUUCCAGCAUUCAGGACAGCAGUUCAGCAAACAAGCUGGAGCAGCUCAUCUGCCUAACUAUGGGACCUUGUUGGGUGCACAGGAGCACCCAACACAACAUAGUGCUUACAAUCCCGAAAUGACUCUAAACCUGCCACCGCCACCUCCUGCACUUCCACCCAGUUCUGCUAUACUAUCAACACAAGUUGGACACAGCUUGCCUAUGCAGAUGAGUCAGCAACAGUAUCAACCGGAUCAGUACUAUAUGUCUCAAAGCAAUUAUGGUCCAUUAGCCGCAGCUGGCCGUUCUAAUCUUCAGCAACAAAUUGUUGGUCUUGCUUCGCAAGCUCCUCCUGCUGCACAAGCUCCUGCUGCUGCACAAGCUCCUGCUUCUGCACAGGCUCCUGUUGCUGUGCAAGUUUCUGGUGUGCAGGCUCCCGCUGUUGCACAAGCUCCUGUUGACGAGGCAGAACGGAACAGGAAGUAUCAGGCGACCCUUGAGUUGGCUCAGCGUCUAUUGGGUCAGAUACAACAGAAAUCUGGAAAUCAACCUUCAGGCUAAGUUACUGAUUCAGGUAUUCAUAUGUGCACCUCUAUAAUUGUUCUUUUUCUUGCCAUUUGCAACUUCUUUGUUACAAAAUUAGGGUAUUGUGAAUAUAUCUAAACAGAUUCAGAAAUUUAGCUAAUCGUAGCUGUAGUUGCAUUUCUGAAUUGUUCAAAACCAGAAGCUCUGCUAACAAUUUUCUUAGGCAAUCAAUUUGUCUUGUUAAAUUGUAUGGAAGACAUUGUGAAUAGUAGUCCUGCUAGGGCGUAACCCAAUUUAGGCCAGCAGUGGAGCUAUACUAGUUUGCAUCAUACUUGUUGCCUUAUAUUUUGUUUAAGCAAUUCUUAAAAAAAGUUAGAAUUAUUCCCUUAGAAAAACAAACAUAGAUAUGACUAUUGAGCUACUAACAUGACUUUUUAAACUUGGAAUUUAAGCCACAAGGCACAUCUUGCACUAUCUUAUUACUGAGCUUUACUAUUUCUUGAAUUGAUGAUUACGUCAGGCAAGGUUAACUGAUGCAUAUCACGGGCUAUACUGUUGGCAGCAUGUUUUUAAUUUUUAAUUAAAACACAUAUACAGAUUAGGCCGUUUCCUGUUAAUAUGUAUGAUAUGCUGAUAUCUGUGUGUUCUUGAUUGAACUCUUGCUAUUCUGGUAUAAUAUGAUGCUUAGUUUGCUGUAGAGUGCACAUGCCAUACACAUUCAAGUUCUUUAAUUUGAUAAAUGUAUGAAUUUUCAUGUAAUAGCUUUGUGCUACCUAAAGUAGAACCUGGGGUUAUUUGAAACGAA